AUGCGACCGUUUUCCUCUUUGUCACGGAAACCGUUAUUACUUUUAGGUUUUGUAUCUGUGUUCAUCUUUUUAUAUCAUGUAGCUAGUCAUCCAAAAGUGACUCAAACGAUGCAACCUACUUCAUAUUACGAUAAUUAUGAUGAAGCAGUAUGUCUUCCUGAACUUCAUAUGACUCGCCAACCUCCCAAGAAAAAAGCAAAAGCUGCUUUUGUUAUUUUGGUUCGAAAUAGUGAACAAGAAGGCAUUGCUUCUAGUAUUAUGAAUCUCGAAGACAAAUUCAAUAAGAAUUUCCAUUAUCCCUAUGUAUUUUUGAAUGAAGAACCUUUUACUGAAGAAUUCAAGAUGGCUAUGACUCGGGCUUCUCCCAAUGCAGUUAUGAAGUUUGGAUUGAUUGAUAAACAACAACAUUGGGGAUAUCCUUCUUUUGUCAAUGAAACAUAUGCAGCUGAGUGUCGCGAAAAAAUGCUUAUGGAUGGUAAACAAUAUGGAUUUGUGGUAACGUUAAAGGAAAUGCCAAAUACGAUACCGACUCUUUGGGAUACGGUGAUGGAGUAUGCUAAAUCAAGACGAAUUGAUAUUUCAGAAAAAAGUCGACUUUUAUUCCCUUAUUUCAAAGAUGAAAACAAUAGUGGGUACAAUUACUGUCAUUUUUGGUCCAACUUUGAAAUUGCGUCCUUGAACCUUUGGCGUAGUCCUGCUUAUCGUGACUUCUUCCAUUAUUUGGAUCAAACCGGGAAAUUCUUUUAUGAACGUUGGGGAGAUGCUCCUGUUCAUUCUUUGGGUGCUGGAUUAUUAUUGGAAACUGAUCAAAUUCAUUAUUUUGAAGAUAUUGGAUACCAACAUGAUCUCUAUCGUCAUUGUCCUACAAAAAAGACUGGAUGUCGUUGCAAUUGUCCUAUAGGUACUACCAAAGAAAGUAUCGAUCAUGAUAACUACUAUGACACUUGUCUUCCUCAAUGGCAAAAAUGGGUCAAGACGUCUGAAGCAAGGAAAGCUCAUUGGAAUAUGUGGUCAUCAUAG